AUUAGCAGAGAACGAGAGAGAGAGAGAGAGAGAGAGAGAGAGAGAGAGAGAGAAAAUAUGGCGACUAAAUGCAGAGAGGGAGAAAAUGGAUUCAAACUUCCAGAAAUCAAGUUCACCAAGCUCUUCAUCAACGGGGAAUUCGUCGACUCUGUUUCAGGGAAGACCUUUGAAACGAGGGAUCCUCGCACGGGAGAAGUGAUAGCGAGAAUCGCGGAAGGAGACAAAGAAGAUGUGGAUUUGGCAGUAAAGGCCGCACGGCAUGCCUUCGACCAUGGACCCUGGCCUCGCCUCGCCGGUUGUGAGAGAGGAAAGAUCAUGAUGAAAUUUGCAGACUUGAUAGAUCAACACAUCGAAGAACUGGCCACACUUGAUAGCCUGGACGCUGGGAAGUUGUUCAAAAUGGGCAUGGAGAUGGAUAUCCCUGGUGCAGCUAACACACUACGUUACUAUGCUGGUGCCGCCGAUAAGAUCCAUGGAGAGACAUUGAAGAUGUCUAGGGCCCUUCAAGGGUAUACAUUGCGCGAGCCAAUCGGGGUAGUGGGCCACAUUAUCCCAUGGAACUUUCCAUCGACUAUGUUCGCAAUAAAGGUUGGCCCGGCAUUAGCCGCCGGGUGCACCAUGGUUAUUAAACCGGCUGAGCAGACGCCGCUCUCAGCUCUUUACUAUGCUCAUCUUGCUAAGUUGGCUGGGAUUCCAGAUGGAGUGCUGAAUGUUGUAACAGGUUUUGGUCCCACAGCUGGUGCUGCCGUUAGCUCUCACAUGGACAUUGACAAGAUUAGCUUCACAGGAUCGACGGAAGUGGGCCGGCUCGUAAUGCAAGCUGCUGCGACAAGCAAUUUGAAGGCCGUCUCACUCGAACUGGGCGGGAAGUCACCUCUCAUAAUUUUCAAUGAUGCUGAUGUGGACAUGGCUGUUGAACUUGCCCGCUUUGCCAUAUUAUAUAACAAGGGAGAAAUUUGCGUAGCGGGGUCACGUGUUUUUGUUCAGGAAGGGAUAUAUGAUGAAUUUGUGAAGAAAUCGGCAGAAAAGGCGAAAAGUUGGGUGGUCGGGGACCCUUUUGAUCCCAAUGUCCACCAAGGGCCACAGGUGGAUAAGGUGCAAUUUGAGAAAGUCCUGAAAUACAUUGAGCAUGGUAAGAGAGAAGGGGCUACACUGCUCACAGGAGGUAAAGCCUGUGGUGAAAAGGGCUACUACAUUGAGCCCACAAUUUUUACUGAUGUCAAGGAUGAUAUGCUGAUAGCAAAGGAUGAAAUAUUUGGGCCUGUGAUGUCUCUCAUGAAGUUCAAGACAGUGGAGGAAGCAAUUGAGAGGGCCAACAAAACAAGGUAUGGGCUGGCAGCUGGGGUGGUGACCAAGGACUUAAACAUAGCCAAUAGGGUGUCGCGAUCAAUCCGGGCCGGGUCCAUUUGGGUCAAUUGCUACUUUGCAUUUGACCAUGAUUGCCCAUUUGGAGGCUACAAAAUGAGUGGGUUUGGAAAGGACAUGGGAUUACAUUCCCUCGACAAGUAUCUCCAAACCAAGUCCGUUGUUACUCCUCUCUAUGAUUCUCCUUGGCUCUGAUUCAUUCUCUCUCCCUCUCUCUAAUCAAAAGACCACAAUAAAAGAAACUAUGUUAUAUUUGCUAUUUUAUGUUAUGUAUUUGAUUGGAAAAUGAUCUACUUCUACUAUCUGUGUUCGUUGUUAUUUGGACUGUGCAUUUGUUGGGUCCUAUCUUGGGUGGGCCAUUUUACAAAAACUAAGAUUAGUCAGAUGGUGAUUCUGGCUGUCUGUUGGUUGGGCUUUUCUCCAGUUGUAAUAGUUGGAAGUCUUCUGGUGGGUGGCUAGGAUUGUCCCACUGGUGUGAUUCUUUGGGGUCCGCUCCAUCUAGAGUAAGGCCCAGUUGAUGAAUGGUCCGGAUCUUGUACAUGUGUGCCAAAUGCACAAAGAUGUGCCUAAUAAAUGUUUUAUUUGUAGUCCA